AUUGACAGAAGGCAACAAGGAAUCAGACUUGUUAUUCUCCAGAUCUUCGUUGGUUGUUGAAAGGUAACAACGUACUGCAAGAAACCUCAAAGGCCAAUUUCUCUGCUUUCAGCUUCCAUCGUUUUAUUUACUACACUACACUACAGUACAGACAGUGAAACAUAAAUGAUACUUCUGCAAUCUCACUCCAGAUAUCUUCUUCAGGUCUUGACCAUUCGUGUCGACAAUCUUGAGAAAGGAAUUGAAUUAGAUUGCCAAUGGAUUGAGUUUGAUGACAUUCGCUACCAUAUUCAGGGAUCAGCGAAGAAUCCAAAUUUCCUGUUAUUGUCUGUAUCAUUGCCUGCGCCGCCUCCAGACACUGUUUUUAUUGGAGGACUUCCACUUGGAGCCAAAGAGUCCAUUAAAGCAGCAUAUGGUGUAGUUGCACAAAUCCUUGAUCCUCCAAGAGACAGUUUCAAUCUCACUCUGAAACUGAAUUUGUCUAAACUUCCACCAGAUGAAGGAUAUAAGAAUAGUCUUUUGCUAAAGAUUGCAUCAGUUAGGGAAGUAGUUUUGGGUGCUCCACUAAGACAAACUCUCAUAUCCCUUGCUUCAAGGACUGUUGCUCCAAAUACAGAGAGGUUGGUUGCACUUGUACAUCGGCCUAUGGAAGCUUAUUUCCUUGCUCCUCAGGCAGACAAAGUGACAGUAGUGUAUCCUAUGAGAUUCAAGGACUCUAUUGAUACAAUUGUUGCUACUUCUUUCCUACAGGAAUUUGUGGAAGCUAGGCGUGCUACUGGACUCAGUAAUGCUCCUCCAUGUUCAUGGAGUCCUUCCCCACCUUCAGAAUUGAAGGGAGUGGCUGUUGAAGAAUUAUCUGCUAAUGCUGGAUUUGUUUCCUUUGUCAUCUUCCCGCGCCAUGUGGAAGGCAAGAAACUUGACAAAACUGUGUGGAGCUUGUCCACAUUUUAUGCAUAUGUCAGCUACCAUGUUAAGUGUUCAGAAGGUUUCAUGCAUACUCGAAUGAGACGUCGCGUGGAAUCACUGAUUGAGGCCCUGGAUCGUGCAAAGCCAGAUAAUGAAAAGGCAAAGAAGACUACUACACAAAACCAAUCGUUCAAAAGACUGUCCCUAAAGGAAGCAAGGAGUGGCAGGAAUUAGUGAAGUGUCGGAUUCCAAGUUAAGUUGUAAAUGGAGGACAUUAUCAUACUUGGUCUCAUAAGUUUUGAGGAGAUUUUCAUGGACUACUACAGACAGACACCACUAAGUUGGGAAGUUGAUGCCAGUGGAGAAACUUCUCCAACCAGAAAGAAACACACUACUCACCAGACGGAACACCCACUUGAAAAACAAAAGAAGUUUAAUGUUCAACAUCUUUAACCGUGGUUGUUUUUUUUCUUCUUAACCUGAGGAUUAUUGGGGCAGACUGGGUAGUACAUUAGAUUCAGUGUUUUCUUUCCCGGUACAAUGUAGCCGCCACCUGGUACUUGUAUAAAAUUGUUGCCAUUCAAAUGCCAUGAAGAUUAAUGAUGGUGUAA